AUGGCGUCGACGAUUAGCUCCGCGCCGUUUCCAGGCGCCGAAAACUUUGUGAUUGGCAUCAUCGGCAUGGGCGACAUGGGCAAAAUUCAUGCACACGUGGUGCCUGAUGAGCGACUGCCGUUGCUGACCCAACAAGUCUUCCAGAGACUUUGCAUGUGGAUCCUGGCCUGCGACAGAGAGGAAAAGUACGAGGACCUGGUUAAGGAGUUUGCCCACCAUCCUAAUAUACAAAUUCUCCGCAACGGUCAUCUUGUGUCCCGGGCAAGCAACUAUAUCAUUUAUAGUGUUGAAGCCGCGGUCAUCGGCCAGGUUGUUGCCGAAUAUGGUCCUUCGACCCGUCUCGGCGCCAUUGUAGGCGGGCAGACAUCUUGUAAAGAUCCAGAGAUUCGCGCUUUUGAGGAACACCUGCCCAGCGACGUCGACAUCGUCUCCUGCCACUCUCUACAUGGCCCCAAUGUCGACCCUCGUGGCCAGCCUCUGGUGCUCAUCAAGCACCGCGCAUCCGACGAAUCCUUUGCCAAAGUUGAGGCGGUUCUCCGCUCCCUCGGCUCCAAACAUGUCUAUCUGUCUGCUAAGGAGCACGAUCGCAUCACGGCCGAUACCCAGGCCGUCACCCACGCGGCCUUCCUGAGCAUGGGCAAGGCCUGGCAUGCAACCAAACAAUUCCCCUGGGAGAGUAGUCGUUAUGUAGGUGGUAUCGAGAAUGUCAAAAUCAACCUGAUGCUGCGCAUCUACUCCCAGAAAUGGCACGUCUACGCUGGCCUGGCCAUCCUCAAUCCCGAGGCUCACAAGCAGAUCAACCAGUUCGCCAAGUCAACCACCGAACUUUUUUACCUCAUGCUCGAGGGUCGCCGCGAGGAAUUGCGCGCCCGCGUUUACGCCGCUAAAGAGCGAGUUUUUGGACGUGACGAUAACCCCAAGUGGGGCCCGAAACCCCUACUUCCUGAAGGAGUCGUCGACCGCUUCAGCCUAUCCAAGAACAAUGCCCACGGCCCAUCCAUCCCUAACAACCACCUCAGCCUGCUCGCCAUGGUCGACUGCUGGAGUGCGUUGGGCAUCGUACCGUACGACCACAUGAUCUGCUCAACUCCACUUUUCCGGCUCUGGCUCGGCGUGACCGAGCACCUCUUCCGCACGCCGGGACUACUGGAUGAGUCGAUCCGUGUAGGCAUCGAGGACACGACGUACCGGCGGGAUGACUUGCAGUUCACCAUUGCCGCUUGUGGCUGGGCGGAGUGUGUUGCUUUGGGCCAGUUUGAGACGUGGAGAGAGCGGUUCUGUGUCACACAGAAGUUCUUUGAGCCACGGUUUGCAGAAGCGAUUCAGGUCGGUCAGGCGAUGAUUAAAGCUGUUUUGGAAGCGGAUAAGGAAGAUGAGGUGGUGGAGAAGGAAUAA